AUGGAUCACCAACGGAACGCGUCGAUCGCGAGCGCGAUGAGCGGCGCCGGUAGCGACUUCCUCUCCGCCGAGGACGACGAGCCGGUGACCCUGGAGGGAUCCCCCGUUCCCCUCGCGUCCCCGCGGGGCGAGGUGGUGCGAUUGAAAGACCUGCUCCAGGAGAGGGACGAGCACAUCGAGAGGCUCAAGACGCAGCUGAAGGAGACGGUCGACAAGGGCGAAUCGUUCAGGGCCAAGCUUCACGCGGCCAUCAAGAAGGGCAAGUCGAUCGAGGCUGAGAGAAACGAGCUGCGCGCUCGUCUGGAGCAAUCGCCCGCGGGGUCCGUGUCCGGUGACGCCCCGGGGCCGGGAAGCGAUCCCCCGUCCACCCCGACCGCGUCCAUCGAGGAGCUCGACGCCCUCAGAAAGGAGCUCGACGACGCCAAGAAGGCCGCCGCGUCCGCCGAGAAGAAGCUCGCGGUGAUGAGAGCCAUGAGCGAGGCCGACUCUAAGAAAAACGGCGACGCCGCCGUCGAACUCGACAGCCUCCGCGAGCGAUGCGCGGAGGCGGAGGCGAACCUUGACAAGGCUCAAAAAGAGCUCGACGCCACCGCCGAGGAGCUCGACGCCUCGCGACGAUUGUGCGAGACCAAAACCGUCGCCGCGGAGCGCCUGGACGAGGCGCUCCGCGAGGCGACGAAGAAGGCUGAGGCGAAACAGAAGCGGACAGAAGCGGCGGAGGCGACGCGAGCCGGCGACGCCGAGCGACGCGCCGCGAGCGCCGAGGGCGAGCUCGCAUCCCUUCGCGUCGAGCUGUCGAAGGUUCGCGCGGCCGCGGCGUCGCGAAAAGAGGAGUUGGAGGCGCUAAGGCGGGAGCUGGCGGAGCUCGCCGACGCGUCAGCCGACGAGUUACAAAUCGCGGACGACGCGAGAUCAAAAGCGGAGACGGAGCGCGACGAGGCUUUGGACCGAUUAAAAACGGCGGAGUCGGUCAAGGCGCAGGCGGAGGUCCGAACGGCCGAGGCGGAGGAACGCGCGGACGCGGCGGAGGCGGAGGCGGAGCGGCUGCUCGAGGAAUCGGAGGAGCGCGGCUGUCGAUUCACCAUGGUGCAGUCGCAGUACGCUAAAAAGGAGGAGGAACUCUCGGCGGAGGUGGAGCGACUGAGGAGGGAAUCGGCGACCCGACCUCCGGCUGACGAGGAGACGGCCGGGCUGAGGGAAUCACUCGACGGGCUGAGGGAAUCGCUGGCGCGCGCGGAGCGGGCCGCGGAGGAGGCCGAGGCGAGAGCGGAGAAAGCGGAGGCCGAGGCGAGAGCGCAGAAAGCGGAGAAAGCGGAGGCGAAGAAUCGCGAAGAACUGGGGACGGCGGAGGCGGACGAGGCCGGGAACGAGGCGCACGUCGCGAGGGUGGGCGAGCUCGAGCGCAUCGUCGAAAGUCUCAGGCGGGAGCUCGGCGACGCCAGGGAGGAGAUCGCGCGGGCCGAACGAGCCUCCGAACGAGCGGCUGAAGACUCGGAUAAAAACGCCGAGGGAUCGCGGCCGCCCGCGCCGGGAUCGAACGACGAAUCCGUCCUUUUCAAGCGCGUCGAGUCCGCGGAGGCCCUCGCCAAGCGUCUCAGGGUCACCGUCGAGUCUCUCGAGAGGGAUAACAAGAGCCUGCAGUGGCAGAUAUCCAUGAGCGCGGGCUCGCGGGCGGGCGGCGACGGAACCUGA